GGAAGCGAGUGUAUAAAACGAAAACUAAAUAAAAUGGCUGCAAUGGAUGAAUCAAACAGUGGGCCAUAUGGAACCCUGACAAACUUCGAAAUCGAAAAGAAAAUUGGUCGCGGACAGUUUAGUGUGGUUUACAAGGCUCGUUGUGUUGCGGAUAAUUCAAUAGUGGCAUUGAAAAAAGUCCAGGUAAAUUUUAGUCUUGAUGAUCAAUAACUAUUUAAUGCUUUCUUCUAAAUACAGCUCAUGGCGGGUUCGAAUUUUCCUCCUUGAUGUUACUCUAGUUACGCAAGAAUUUUCAGAAAAUGUAUUUUCACAGUCCAGUUGACUUUGCUCAAAUAUUCAGUUAUUUUACAUCUUCCAAACUAGUAGAAAGAAAUAAAAAAAUUGGUCUCAAACGGUCGGCGUUCUGCAAGUUUUAAAUAUGUCUUAAGCUUUAAAUGCGCCCGGGAAUAGAAAAAUUUUUUUGCAAAAGGUUUUUAAAAAAAUUUUCUCGAACAUAAUUAAACAUCUUGGUGUGAAGUGAGAUCUCAUAAAGCAACCUCAAGGGCCUAAAUAUAGUUACAGCGGCAGGUGUCAUUUGUGUUUGCCUAAAAAAAUUGGAAACAUCUCUUCAACAUUUGCAUGCUUUAUGAGCGAGAAGAUUACAGUGUGUUUUUUUUUCUAUAAAUAAUUUUUUUGCUCUGCAAUUUUACAAAAUGAUAAGCUGAUGAUUUUAUUGGUCACUGAAAUAUCGGAUGUGUUAAUUGAUUCAAUAGUGUAGUACUUUGUCCUGUUGUGGCUAAUUUGACAGUUACCAAUACUUGCAUGAUUACUGAAUUUAGUGUCUGUGUAUACUGCAUGUGGUCACUCGUUGUGCAAAUUAUUUUAAAACAGGCAUUAACAGUGCCACCUGUCAAUCUUACGAUUAUACUACAUUUUUCACGUUCUUCAUGUUGAUUUAUCCUUCCUGUCCUAGAUUUUUGAAAUGAUGGAUCAUAAAGCCAGACAAGAUUGCUUAAAAGAAAUUGAUUUACUUAAGGUGCGCCAUGAACAGUUUCCAAGAAAUUUAUAUCAUUAAUGUUGUUUGUGCUUGUAGUGUAAUAGUAGCCUGAAUUUCAGUGACAAAUUCCCAAGAGAGCUGAAGUCUGAAUCAAAGAUAUGCAUCCAACAAGUUUAGUGUCAAAAUUGUCCAUUCGUAUGCCUACCUGUUCAUGUUAGAGGAUGUGAAAUGUUACAUUUACUUGCUUGGUGUCCAGGGUAUAUGCAACCUGUUUUAACUCGAUAUUAGAAAUCUGUGUUAUGGUCAAUCAACAGGGUACCCGUUGACCAGUGUCACAUGACUGUAUCACAGGUUCAGGCAUUCAACUCGUUGAAGUGAUGUUUUUUAAGUUCUCAGCUGACCAGUUAUUGUUUUUCAGUUAAUUGCAGGCUCAAAUUCCUUUUUUGGCAGGCUCAGGACCAUUUUUUCUUUCUUAUGGCCAAAGUUGAAUUCGAGAGCUUCACUGAUGGCCUGGCUAAGGCUACCGUAAAAUUCUGAAAAUAAGCCCUGGAGCGUAUAUUUUUCAAAGGCCCUUUUUGAGGGGCUUAUUUUUGUAGGGGCGUAUAUUCGGAGGGGCUUAUAUUUGGAGGGGCUUAUCUAAGGAGGGAAAUUUGGGUUUCAAAAUUGAUAGGGUUAGCCUUACAGUUUUUUGCUUUGUUUUACUUUGUAUUUGAGGGCAAUUUUCCAAGUACGAGCUCCCGGUGGGCUUAUAUUUGGAGGGGCGAUUUAACGGAGGGUUUUUUGCGUUACCGGUUUGGGGGGCUUAUAUUUGGAGGGGCUUAUACAUGGAGGGGCUUAUUUUCAGAAUUUUAUGCAAUUUAUGGUAUUUAGUAUUUAGCUAAAAUCCAACUAGUGGUCUACUAUCAAUGCUGCGUUCUGAUUGGUUGAGCUACUACUAACCCCCAUGUAGCGAAAAGCGCGGGCUUUUUUGCGGCAAAAAAGGAUUAAAGUCUAGCUUUUAACUAGCUAAAAUUUUUUUUAUUCUCAAUAUUUUUGACCAACUAGUUAGAAUUUACCAAAAAAAUUAUUCCUCUUGCCCUCAUGGCCUCUGAGUCAAUAGCCCACUUGGUCUUCGGCCUCAUGGGGUAUUGACUCAGAGCCCAUUCGGGCUCAAGGAAUAAUUAUUGUUAAAUAAUAUUCCUUUUGUUUUGUUUCUUCAGCAACUCAAUCAUCCCAAUGUGAUCAAGUAUUUGGCAUCUUUUAUUGAAAAUAAUGAGGUGGGCUACUGUAUAUAGAGAUAUAAAUCAAUACUUUUGAAAUUCAAGUAAAACUUAGAUUUCCGAUUGUUAAUUUUACACUUGCAGGGAUGUCACUAAGAUUUCAAGUUGCCGGGUAAAUGCAACAAGUAGGCAGGGAAUCAAACAGCUAGGGAUUUCUUUUGGUUCUGUUUUUCUUCUCUUUUCCUUUGAAAGUAGCCGGGGGCCACAUUCAUAGUAGCCGGAGGAAAUCCCCGCCCCCCAGCCCUUAAUGACAGCCCUGAGUUGCUGUAGUGAACAUUAUAAUAGUAAUCAAUUCUUUUCUUUUUUUUUUCUUCUAACAGCUUAACAUUAUAUUAGAGUUGGCUGAUGCAGGUGAUUUAUCCAGAAUGAUAAAGGUAUGCUAUUUUUUUAUUACAUUAUAAGAGCAAUGCAAUCACUAUGGAACGUUGAGUGCUGAAUAUUGCAGACCUCUCUUAAAAUGUCUCUAUAGCAGCAAGGAGAGAUGGCUGUAUUUUACAGACUAAGUUUCUAUUAAUAUUGGUAGGGAUUUAUCACUGUCCAUGUUAUUGGGGUUUCCAUAAUAGCGAGAUGUUUAUGCAUCAGUCAAUUCCAGCUUCCCCCCCCCCCCCAAAAAAAAAAAAUGCUUAAAAUAACACUACUUGACUGUGCGAUCAAUAAAAAAUGUUGCAGUAUUGAUGGAGGACAGGCAUUUGCCCUCUUUUUUCAUCUCCAUCCUGGGGAAUUCGACAGCUCAAGAGUCCCCACCCCCGGGAAUUUGCCAUCCAAGGCAAACAAUUAAUGUUAAUGCGCGGAGGUCAGCCGCAGGGGGCUGGGCGCAGCUGGAAUUGACCGAUGCAUUACAAGGUGAAGGUUGACUGUUGUAGCUGCAAGACUUAGAUGAAAAUCUACAUGUAAAUCCCUUUUGAAAUUUUUCUGUUUUGUCUUAUAGCUCAGCUGAGCAUUGUCUCUCCGCUGGUAUUAAUAAGUUAAUUGCUGCCAGAGGGUUGUUUGUUAAUAAUAUAUUUUUUUGUUCCAACAGCAUUUUAAGAAACAGAACAGAUUAAUUCCAGAGAGAACUGUUUGGUAGGCAUAAUGGUGGUCUGUAGAUAUGUUUAUUAAAAAAGUUAUAAUCAUUUUACCCUUUUAAUAACUUUUUUCAAUAACUUUUUAUUUAUAAGUUUAUUUACUUGCUACACCAUAAAUAUAAUAGAAAUACCAAAAAAUAUAAGAUAAGAAAAGAAAAAGAGAAGUGGUGAGCUCGAGGGGACUUAACACUUUAGUAAGCUUACAUGUAUGAGAGGUUAAAGCUAAAACUUCAGUUUGCAUUAGAAGCCAACAGAAACUGAUCAUUGGGGUGAAAAAAAAUCUAUAAAGUAGGACUUAAAUUCACUUGGUAAAAAAAAAAAAGAGUGAAAAAAGAAGUGUUUUUUUUGCAGGAAAUAUUUUGUACAACUUACUGCUGCUCUAGCACACAUGCAUUCACGACGAGUUAUGCACAGAGGUGAGGGUUUAUUUGGAUUUUACACUAAAACACUUAGUUAUAGGGCUGCCUGAGGUACAGCUAAUCAAGUUUUUCGUGGCAAGUUGUCUCUGACCAAAAAAUACAAAAUGGCCGACGUGUGGCCCAGAAGGCAUUGCCUGUCCCCUUGCUCUGAGGACAAUGAUUUAACUUUUGAACUGGUCAUUUCAGAUAUAAAAAGGAAGAAUGGUACCAUCAAUUCCACCAAUUAUGAAUGUAAAUAAGCAAGUUACCCUUUUGAAACAAGAAAAGAUAGGCAUUAUUUUUAACUUGGGCAUUUCCCGAUGCAUCCUCUUUCCCCAAUCUCUCUGCCCCCAAGGUAUACUGUAACAUAACAGUAUAACGGACUAAUUUGAUGUAACUGGAAUUUCCAAAUUUGUUGUUCUUUGCUUUUAAAACAUGAGAGCGUCAACUUUUUGUAUUUUGUCAUAUAGCUACAGUAAUUUUCUGUUUCUUAAAGCACACAAAGCAAAAUGUGUUGUAGUUUUGUUUUGUCUGAUAUGUAUUGCACUUAAAGCUCAUCUAUCCAAGUGAAUAUGUUUCUGUUUGAUGGGGCAGCAGCUCAAUGUACCCCCAUGAUGGGGGUCUUGUUACUUUAUAAACUGCCAAGUUAAAUGUCAGCUGGUAGUAUUAUACAACUUUCCAUCGAAGGGGAGGUGAAUAGUGGUAGAUAUAUGCCGACACGCGAAGCAUUGAGGUAUAUAUCUAGCGCUGUUCACUGACCCUGAGGGGGAUAGUUGUUUUAGUAUUUACCAAUCAGUUGGAUACAAAUGAAGAAAUUAAAUAACUUUUUGUAAACUAGAAAAGUUACUUGGUAGGAACUUUGUUUACAAUUUAGAAACAUUUUGGGAAUUUUGUCAAGUGAUUUUUAUGACUUUUAUUGCCAAUUUAGCAUGAAAAGAAUUAAUUUUCUACCUACCAGUAAACACAGACAAGCCAAAAAUUGUCGCUUUUCUGGUAUUUUUUGUAUGACUGCUUCAUUUAUCGCUCAAAUUCCGUCUUCCAAAAAUGUCUUGAAAUGAGAUGACAUCUUGGCAAAACAGUAAAUAGCCAAGGAUAUCCCAAGUUACAGGAGCCAAUCAAAAUGUGCAAAAAUUGCUAUUCAUUGAUUUGGUAAAUACUAAUAAUAUUUAUUUUUCAGACAUCAAGCCUGCAAAUGUGUUCAUAACAGCAUCUGGUGUAGUCAAACUUGGGGACUUGGGACUUGGCAGAUUUUUUAGUUCUAAAACUACAGCAGCUCAUUCUCUUGGUAAUGUUUUGUACAAGUUACAGUGUAGUUGCUUAAGUUUUUCCAUUUAGCCUCACAGUCAUUUUGAAUCUACAGAGUACAGCGUACAUUACUCCAAGGGUGUUUAUUAGGCAUCAGAGCUCCAAAAAUUAUCUGUUUACAAUACAGAAAUCUCGGCUAAUUUUCUGUAGUCUAUGACUAUUUUUUUAUUCAGACUUGGAGCCUUUUUGAAAGUAUUCUGCUGUAACAUUACACCUUUCCCCUGCUACUAGAAUUCUUUACUAAUGAAGUUUUAACCCUGCCUCCCCUACCUCCCUUGGCCAGCCCAGCUAACAGGGCUGGCCAACCUCGUAUAAACAGGCGCUUAGUUCUUUUCUUUCAACUCUCCAGUGUUCAUCCGCUGCUAUAAUUUCCCCUUAAUUUCUUCCAUUUGUUCUUACCCACAUGGGUAAAUCUACAGUGUAUCACCCUUAAUUAAGUUCAGUGAUAACCUAUGAGUUUGUAAAUGGGGCUGUAAUGUGCCCUAGCAGGCCCAAGUCACCCUCUAAACAUUACCGUAAAAACUCGUGUAUAAGCCGCACUCGUGUAUAAGCCGCACCCCCAACUUUCAAGCAUGAUUUUGAAAAAAAAAACAAACCAAAAAUGCACUUUUGUAAAAAAGGUGAUCGUUUGUUCGCGCAUCAAAAUGUUCACAAAUAAACUUGAGGAAAUUUAAUGUUGUGUAUUUGCAGUGACAUUUUAAAUAAGUUAAUCAACUCUGAAAAUACCUUUUAAAAGGUUCUCUUUAAUCAAUUUCCCCAUUUCCUGCGAAAGACAACAGUUCUCUUCAUUGCUAAAGCCCACAGUUGAAAUGAUUGAUUGGCUAAAAAACAUUAUAGAAAGCCUGGGCCGAAUCACACAGUAGACCGCGAUCAGUAAACAACAUGGAAACGUUCGCUUCCGCAUCAGCUGUGCGUGGAUAUCAUGUUUAUAAAGACGUGUGGAAACCAUCGAUCGGGGAAAAGCUUGUUGCUAAACGAGAGUUUAACAGCCCAAUGGACAAACACGCCGUGAAAGUAGUGAAGGACGACGAAACGGUCGGCCAUUUGCCUCGCGAAUUCUCUCGAAUAGCGUGGUAUUUUCUUGCACGUAGUGGGGAAAUCAGCGUUGAAGUGAUCGGUUGCAGACGAUACUGUAAGCAGCUGUGCGGAGGAAUGGAGAUUCCGUGCCAGUUAGAGUUUAACUGCUCAAACAAAGUGCAGAUGAAACGCUUAAAAGAACUACUGGCGAGCAAGAUUCAGGUAUAGAACCUGAAGAUGCAAACAAACGGCUCUUUUAGGAGCCACCACUUCUACUGAAAGCAAUGAUCAACGACAGGUUUCAAUAUGUUUAAUCUUUAUUUACUGAAAGUUUUCAAUUCAAUUUGUGACCCCUACAAGCCAGUUUACUCCCUUUGAGAGCAAUGGUCUCGUGUAUAAGCCGCACCCGCGAUUUUUGACUCAAAAUUUCGGCAAAAAGGUGCUGUUUAUACACGAGUUUUUACGGUGCUUUUUUUCCCUUCUGGUUUUAAGAGGAAAUCUUGCCUUUGCACCAAGGAUUUUAGCUUGUAAAAUUAAUGAUUGAGAGGUUGGCCCUUUGGGCAUAUGUAUUAAAUAAAUAAAUUAAAUAAAUAAUGAUUUGGAGGUAGCACACCUACAAAGUGGUUCUUCGUCUACCUGAUUCCUGGUCAAAUUGGAAUUUGAAAAUGUUAGUUUUUGAGGAGAGGGGAAAACUGGAGUACCCAGAGAAUAACCUCUCAGAGUAAAGGAGAGAACCAACAACAAACUUAACCCAGAUAUGGCGUCGACACCGGGAUUUGAAGCCGGGCCACAUUGGUGGGAGGCGAGCGCUCCCACCACUGCACCAUCCCUUGCUCCCCUUGCUUAUUUCUCAUUAUUUUUCAUCCCUUGCUUAUUUCUUUUCAUAGAAUUGCCCUAGGUGGUGAAUCAUCGUUGUUUUACAAACAUAUCUUCACUGUUCAGUGAAUAUAUUGUGGCUCACUUUUAUGCUUGGUUUAAAUUUUAUUUCCCAUUGUUUUGGGGUAUGGUAAUAAGGGAAAUAAAAUUUAAACCAAGGGUAAAAUUGAACCACAACAUAUACAUUGUAGAAUAUUAAGAGGAUAUAUUUUAGAUAUAAACAGAAUUAAAGUGAUUUUUUUACUUUGCCUUCUUUAGUUGGUACACCUUACUACAUGUCACCAGAGAGAAUACAUGAAACUGGAUACAAUUUCAAGUCGGAUAUAUGGUCUUUAGGCUGUCUCUUAUAUGAGGUAAUUAUUAAUAAUAAUGAAAGGUCUACCUUUUCCAGUAGAUUUUGCUGAUGUUGUUUCUGAUUGUUUUGAAAAUAUGCCAGAUUAGUGAACUUACACAAUUAGAUGGCAGAAAAAAAAGAUGGCAAACCUUACAAAUGCAAACGAUACUUACUGUAUGUUUAUACAGAUCUUUUUGUAAAACACCAGAACUCUGUAAUAGACCAUGAUAAGUCACGCAAGUAAUAUUAUACGGUCAUGUUUGUCACACACAAACGUUCGGUCAUUCUGUUGCAUAAGCUACUGUCCAGUUGAGGUGCAAGCUGAUUAAUCGUUUCCCUAAUUAUUCAUUUCCUUUAUUUUUGUGACCUUUGAAAAUACCACAGGAAACCUGAACACUGUAUUAGCUAUUAUCAUAAGUAGUUUUUUUAACUUGCGUUAUGGAAGGGUUUUGAAGACGAUUUACCUUGCUCAGGUUUCAAAUGUUAAGUCUUGUCUGGCAUGCAACAGUUAUGUCUCAAGUUUCUGUUAUUAUUAAAUCUCCAAGUGGGAGACAAUAUUGGGGUUUACAGUCUAGGUAGGUCAAGCGUACCCCCCAAAGAUCUAUUAAUGAAUUGGUUAUUUGGAAAAUGAAUCCGUUAGUUGUUCCUGUAACUAGUGUCAAAGUCAAAUCGGCAUUCCUGCAUGCGUAAUGAGCAGUGAAUAUUUUACAAGAACUUCUCUGUAUCUGGUAAGAUAAAAAAUCUUUGAAUGGAUUAAAUUUCUUAGAAGACAUUCAUAUUAAAUUCAGGGAAACUGAGCUGAUAGGAAUAUCCUAACUGCCUCGCGUGUGAAUUCACGGCUCAUUACGCAUGCAAGAAUGCAGAGAUGAAUCUGAAAUCUACAACUACCGACGGAUUCAACUUUCGAAUAAUAAAUUCAUUAAUGGCAUCUUGGGAGGAAUGCUUGACCUGGCUUGACUGUAAUUUAACAGUCAAGAGAAGAGAAUAGAGAGAGCCUAUUUUCUCUCCUCUCUUCUUUCCCGAUGGGAAACUUGAGAUGUAACUGCUGCAUCCUAUGCCCAACAUGCCAGACAAGAAACAUUUGAAACCGGCAAGGUAAACCAUCUUUGAUCUGAUUCAAAUUGCUUCCAGAAAUACUCAUAAAGACUGUGGAACAUAAGUAAAUAGGAAUGCAUUGUGUGGUUCCAGAAAAUAUCCAGACCCCCACCACGGAGGGAAUUGGAAAUUCCAGGGGGGUGGGGGGGGGGGCCAGAGGCCCCGGAAAUUCCAGAAGGGAGGGGGGUUGGACCAUAAAAUCACUUUCCAGGGGGUCAAUAUCAUUUCGUUUUCAACCUGAGUUCGAAGAUCGCGUCUUACCGACCUGGUAGAUCAUUUUUAGGACAUAAAUAACUUGAAAUAUAUAACUUAAGAUUGUUCCUUUUGAUCUUAACCAGGUUUCCUUUCUUCCAAAAGCGUUUUGGAUGUAAUUUCAAAGGAAUUAGACCGACUACAACUCGUUUUAUCGCAUGCUCAUGUUUUCGGCCGCCAUUACUCGUUACCAGUCUCCCUCAAAACAUCAAUGCGUGCAACACAUCACAUUUGCGUCAGUCGAUCGUUAAGUAGAGUGGCAAUUUUGCCUCACGAAGCACAAGCUAUACAUUGUAACCAUUUUAAAAUGUAGAGUUUUUAUUCUCCUUUUCAUUUUCCCUUAAUUUUGUGGUUGAAGGUGUGGCAUGUUCAUGAUCAAAUUCUUGCUGAAAUGGUGUCCAUUUCACCAAACAUUUAUACGGCCAUCGCGCAUCAUGUCGCAUCAGUCGAUCGAAAAGCAGUAAAUUGAACUUGGUUUCCCUUCAAGAUGCAGGGGGUAUUCAUUGCUAUCAUUUCAGAAUUCAGAGUUUUUAUUCUUCUCUUUGUUUUGCAUUAAUUUUGUGGUCGUAAGUUUGACUUGUUCUGCAUUCCCGCACGAAAUGGCAUUAAUUCUAUCAACAUUACGCCCUUGAAGACGAAUAACAAAUCGUAAGCUUGCCCUGAUUAAGGUAAAUUCACAAAUAUAACAGACUUAUUAACUUUCUCUGUUUCAUUUAAAGUAAGAGAUAAGCAAAAAUAAAUUGCGGAUCAGGUUACUUUGUGGUUGGUGAAGUGUGUUUUAAUGUUGCGAUAUCACUCAAAUAAAUGGAAACAGAAGCAUACAAGCUUCUGAUGGAAACCGUUGUGCACUAACCAUAAUUGGCCUCAUUCUUCUACUUUAAUAGUCUUUCUUCGUGAAAAUGAACUUUUCCAGAGGGGUUGAGGGGUCUUUGUCACACUUGUGGAAAUUCCGAGGGGGUGGGGGGUCAUCAGUUCCCUGCAAAAAAGGAAAAUCCAGGGAGGUGGGGGGGUCCUAAGUGAAAUUCCUUCCGUGGUGGGGGUCUGGAUAUUUUCUGGAACUACACAUUAUGAAAUAGCUAGUGAAAUACAGUGUUCAGGUUCCCUGAUCAUAUUUACAUGGCGAAGGUGCAUUAUAAAGUUGUUGUUGUUAUUACUGUGAAAGUGUAGUAGAUGCAUGGUCGUUACAAGGGUUUAAUUUUAUGACUUUUAUUGUCUGUGUACCCAUGUCAACAGAUGGCAGCACUUCAAUCACCUUUCUAUGGAGAUAAAAUGAAUCUCUAUUCAUUAUGUAAGAAGAUAGAAAACUGUGAUUAUCCACCUCUACCAGCUGAGCAUUAUUCUCAAGAGGUAUAAUUUUAUAUAUGCUUGUCAAUAAUAUUUGUUUUGUUAACAAUGGUCAUGCAAGCUACUUUAUAAUUAUUCUUUUGCCAUGUUGAAUCGACAUGGUGAAAGGGGUCUACUUUACAUGAAAUAGGUGGCAGAAAAAUAAGUGUGUCCUUUGGGCAAGCAACUCUUGGAUUUCGCUUGCCCCAGGCAACAUACUUAACUUGUUUUAGUUAAUGAUUAGUCGUAGGAUGACUUGCCUAGUAUAUGUACCCUUCCUAGGGCUCGAAAAAAACUGGAAUUUCAUUUGUCCUUUGCCCGGCAAGAAGCUUUCACAUUUUCCUUGCCCGAGGCUACUUCUUGCUAGUUUUCAUAAAUGAUUUUGUCAGAGGAUGACUUGCCUUGACCCUGGUACAUUGGCCAAGUAAGCUUUAAAAAUUACUUGCCCAGCAAAAAAAAUUUUUACUGGAUGGCACUUUUUUGGAGCCCUGCUUCACUAUUGGACAAGUGAGCCCGAUGGGACCUUUUUUCCGAGCACUGCUUUGGAUAAAAUUGAAAUGUUCUGUUUCUUUAAACUCCAGUUCUUUGGAGCCUAUGACCUGGUUGCCCUCUCCUCUAAACGAGUACCAAUCUGUAACAUUUUUGGUCGUGAGAAAGGGGCAAACUCCGACAGUCACAGUUAAUUAAGGUGGCUUGAUAGGGUUUUUCAGGGUCAAUACCACCCAAGUUUGAGUAUAAACUACCUCGCUAUCAACAAAGAUUUGGAAAAAUAACCACCACGCCUGUAUUAGAUCAAGAUGAAAAAUUUUUAUGAUCAGGGUUACAGUGACAUCUGUUGUCAUAGCGACAAAAUGAUGCCAUUACCUAUUUUACUGGCAGCGGUAUUUCUUGGCACUGGGAACUGUUCUACCAAAAUCAUUCACGAGAGCUUUUUCCUCCAAUAGCUGCCUCAAUGUUUGUGGGGUUAGCCUGCAAGCAACUCUUCAUUGGGGGACAUCAUGAAAAGUAGACGUGCGAGAGGCACACCAGCAGGGAUGCAAAAGAAGGGGCGGGGGAGAGAAAGGAGAGCUUGCAACAAUCACUCUUUAAUUUUUUGGGUUAUCUUUGUGGUACAUUGUGUCAGCCUAAACCUACAAUAUCUUGGACGAAAAGUGUUAAAAAUGUUGCACUUUCUUACCCACAGAAUGCUCAUCCUGAUUAUUUGAUACCACUAUGGCCCCUCACCUAGCACCACCCUGGUCAAUGUUGUCCAGUCAAGGUCAGAAAUGGUCCAGCCAGACUUCAACAUUGUUUUACGGGGAAGUGGGGGGGGGGGGGGUUUUUUGUUUACCGGGGUUUUCCAGGCUUUUAUUUUGAAAUUAACAUUAGCAUGUCCCUUUUUCCCAGAAUAAACUUUGUUUCAAAGGUUUUUGGUUGAAGGUCUUGUUUUUUUUCAAACAGUGGCUUACUUUGGCUUUAUUUGCCUCAAUUCUUUACCAAUUAUAUGGGUGGAAAAGUCAUAAAAUUUUGUCUCUUUUCUCCCCCACGUAUGUCCCUCUGUUUUUUUUGUCCCCCCCGCCCCCCCCCCCCUCCCCCCCCCCUGUGGUUUUUUUCGUGUGGAAGGGGGAAAGGGGGCCCGCGCGUUUUUAAAUGUUUUUGUGGGGGGGGGGGGGGGGGGGGGGGGGAUUUGUAGUUACCAGUGCUUUCCAGAGCUUUAUCUUGAAACUAGACAUAGCAAUGUCCAUUUUUCUCAGAAUAACAUUGUUGUCAAAGAUUGUAGCUUGAAGCUCUGAUUUUCUUCCAACAGUUGCGUGACUUGGUCUGUAUCUGCAUAAAUUCUGAUCCAGAUAAGAGACCUGACAUCAACUACGUCAAUGAAAAGGCAAAAGAGAUGCAUGCUCUCCAUCUCCGCUAA